AUGAAAGAUGUGGCGUCAGAGAUUGGUGUCUCUCCUGGUUCAUUGGCCUCAGUGCUCACUGAGGAAUGCAUGGCCCCUGAUUUGCAUUGCAAAGUAGUUGAUUGGCUUAUAAAUCAUGCUUAUAUUGGCAGUUCAUUCAAAAAUCUGAAAUUUAAAAUUAAAUCCACAAUCACAUGCAAAGCUGAAAUAGGAUUUGCUCAUGAUAGUGAAGCUGUUGCAGUAUCAGAAUCUGAUAUCCCUGAUGUGGUUUCUGUUAAGUCAGUACCACCUAGGAGGAGAACCAAAGGCAACAUUAGAAUUUUAAAUGAUGAAAAGGUUACAUGUUCAUCUAAGGAAAUUAUUAGCAAUGAUGGGCUGGUGAUUGAUGAGGCUCACAGUGGCCACUUUUUCAGAGAAGAUUUGGCUUAUCCAAGUAAGGACUUUGUUGCUGAUUUCACUGAGAAGAUGUCAGUUGAGGCUGUUGGUGUCCCGAAUAGUUUGCCAAUCAAUUCUCUUAUGUCUGAAGCCACUGUGGUGAGUCUACCCUGUCCUAGUGAUCCAAACUCAUUGUGGUACGCUCUUAGUAUUCAGGUAAAAUUGUAUACUUGGAUUGCUUUUUGUUUGUCAUCAUUCCAAUGUUGAGGGAAUAUCUUUGAAGGUCAGAUAUAGAUUAUUCAGACUGAUGUUGGCAACGCUAGAAAAAUCACAAUAAUGAUGCCUAAAACUGGCUUUUUGGUGGCCCAAGAGGGAAAAUUGUUGAUGUAGGGUUUUGUAAAGGUGGCAAUAGAUGUGGGGGUUUUAUAGAAGCCAAAAGAUCAGAAUAGACUUGGCUUUCAUUAGCAAACGGGGUUUCAAUUUUGGUGGGUAAGGUUCGAAAUUUUUUUCUAACAGGUC